UAAACUGCGUCACUCUGCCAGUUUGUGUAGAGAGAGAUAGGAGGUGGUAGAGUAAUCUGGUGAAGGGUUCCAAAGGUUUAUUGGCAAUAUUAAAUAAAUAUUUGUGUCUUGAUUUUUAUAUUCGUUGGGUCUACAUUUGGCACGAUGGUAAAGGUGUCGUUCAAUUCGGCCCUCGCUCAGAAAGAUGCGAAAAAGGAAGAAGAAAAGAGUGAAACUCUUAUCAUUCCUGAAGACAAGGAUCCUGAAGAUGAGAUUCAUAUCCGCCAUCAGUCAAAAACCUGGUGCUGGUGCAUGUGCCUUGGACUAGCUCUGAUGCUGUCUGGUCUGGUAGUUGGAGGUGCUUAUCUCUACCGAUACUUCAUGUACCCGGUGAAUGAAGCAUUGCAACCUGGUAAAAGCAGUACAGAGGCAGGUGGAGCAACAGGGUCGCAGGUGAAUGAAGCAAUGCACCUAGGUACGAGCAGCAGCACAGACACAGGAGAGGAAGGUGAAGGAGUGUUCUUCUGUGGCGUGAAGUACCGUGAGGAAGAUUAUAUGAUCCCAAAUGCUCCCAACCCGUCUGCUCGUUUGCAUGAGAUUGAAGAAAGAAUCCGUAUUCUUGAGGAGGACCAAGUUGAGCUGAUUAACAUCCCUGUCCCAGAGUUUGCUGACAGUGACCCGGCUGACAUAGUUCAUGAUUUUCAAAGAAGGCUUACAGCUUACCUGGAUCUCAGUCUUAACAGAUGCUAUGUGAUUCCCCUGAACACUUCUAUUGUCAUGCCACCAAGAGACUUCCUGGAGCUGCUGAUUAACAUCAAGGCUGGAACCUACCUGCCCCAGUCGUAUCUGAUCCACGAGCAGAUGAUUGUCACUGAUCGCAUUGAAAAUGUCGAUCAGCUGGGCUAUUUCAUUUAUAACCUCUGCCGUGGCAAGGAGACCUACAGACUUCAGCGCAGAGAUGCUAUUAGAGGCAUUCAGAAGCGUGAGGCUUUGAACUGCCACACAAUCCGUCACUUUGAGAAUAGGUUUGCUGUCGAAACUGUCAUCUGUGAGAAGUAGUGUAUUAUAGAAGCACUGAAGUGACAGCUUGCUGUUGAAAAACCACACUUAUUUUUUUCACUUUUGUGUGCAGUGAUUGGGUUUUUAAUCCUGUUUUUUCAGUUUUGUUGCUUUCUAUUUUUUAAUGAACUAGUAAUGUAAACAGGGUUGUGUUGUAAAACUUCAUCCUUACUCAUCUCGUAGAUAAUAUUAGCACCAACUAACUAUUGACAAGUUAUUCUGUCAAGUGUUAUGUUUUAAUUUUUUUAAUAAUAAAAAAAUAGCGGCAAUAUUCUAAAAACAAUGGUAUUUACAUCUUAUCUAUUUUUGUGAAGUUUCAUUUUCAGGGUUUAACUGUUUGAUUAAUGUAACCUUUAAAUGGAGUCCAGCUGAAUUAGAAAAAUGUCAUGGACUGGGCAAUAUAAUUUUAUCUGUAUUUUAAAAUGCAAAGUAAUUGAAAAAAGUGCAAUUCACAUCAAAUUUUAUACCACUUACCUGGUUGUAGAAUGUUUUUAUCCAAUUUUUUUUUUUAGGUUUUAGAUUUUACUUAUUUGCUGUAACAAACAAGAUACCACAAAGCAUUUGGAAAAUGUAUACCUUAUAGUACUAAUUUGUAUAUAACCUUCCUUCUGUGUAACUUAUACCACAAUAAAUCUUGGACACAA